ACCUGGGCCACAGAUAGUUAUGAACCUGUUCAAGAAAAAAUCUCCGAGAGCGAAACUGUAGUAGUAUGUGUUUUCUUAGUCAUAUCUUCUUCAAACAAUCGCUAGCUUAGAUCAAGGACGUUCUAUUGUUAUCGCGUCCUUGCUUUAUGCUUCAACACGUUGAAAAUGCCAAGUUAAUUGCCCGGCCGAAUGAGACAACAGAAUGAAGUGUUGUUGUCUGCUGAAGUCGAGAAAAAUGGCGUCGGAAGGAGACACAAAACCACGCCAAGACCAGGAGCAUUCUGCUUUUAGACUCAAGAGGAGAAGAGUACUGAAAUACUUUGUCGCCGUUCUAGUUGCCUGUACGAUCGUUCACUUCUUUCUGUACAUGUCACCAAGAUUAAAGGUGGCGACGAAGGCGAUGUCGCCUGCCCUACUCAGCCUUCUACGUAAAGACAACGCGCCGAGUUUGGGGGAACAGACAAGUGGAACAGCAACAAGCCUCCUACGUAAAGACACCACCCUGAGUUCGGAGGAACAGAGGCCAACAAGUCUCCUACGUAAAGAAAACGCGCUGAGAUUGGGGGACCAGACAGGUGUAACAACACAUCCAACACCCACCACACCAUACACCACAGUAACCACCGCCCCUCCCGCUCCCUGGGUUUAUAGUGCUGAGGAGAUGAGAAAAAUCAGGGUCGACACCCGAAUGCUGCAUCCGGACGUGCGACUCCUGACUCGCAAACUGGGCGUCUGGUCGGACAAACUCACCUGUCUGAAGAAAGCCGGACACACCUGCCAGUUCUUAAAACACUCCGUCGGCCAACACAAAACCUGCGCUGUCGUCGGUAACGGUGGGAUCCUGUUGAACAGCUCCUGCGGUGCGGAAAUUGACUCUAAAGACUACAUCAUCAGAAUGGACCUUCCCGCUAUACGGGGAUUUGAAACAGACGUGGGCCGGAAGACCAACAUUACAUUUUUGAACACCAGCACGCCGAAUAGGGUCGAACGGUCGUCUCUCCUGAGGAACAGGAGUCUUGACGUGUAUGAGAGCCGUCUGCGGGACAUCAACGGGUCGGUUCUAGUGUCGGGAGACAGACAGGAGAUGACGGAUCUUAAGAAAGCGAUGGAGACGUACAAGACACACGACGUUCCGUUCUCCUUCGUCCUGCUGACCAGCCACGGAAGUUUGAAGUUGGGGCGUCUAAUUCGCAGAACUGCUGCUAAAGUCCAGGGAAACCCCAUCACCAGUAGCGCUCCUUCCACCGGCCUGGCCACGAUUCUCACCGCCACGGCAUUCUGUGACCGGAUCUACAUGUACGGCUUCUUCCCGUUCCACAAGCUGCCGCGGUCCAGGACACUCCUCCCCUACCACUACUAUCCCGGAGACUCCAUAGAGCCGAUUUUCCUAGACUCUCGGCAUCGUAUGGACAAGGAGUACCGGUUCUUUCAGGACCUGCACUCACGGGGGGUGGUCAAGCUGCAUGUGGGCAAAUGUGCCAACCGGACUGUGGAUUGAGCAGAGGACUAUAAGGAGGAUCGUUCGCUCAUUCAUUCGUUUUUUCUUUCCAUACAUCCAUCCAUUCCUUCUUCCCUUCAUCCAUCCAUUAAUUCCUAUCUAUUUGUUCAUUCUUGUUCUGCGACCAGAAGCUACAUAUUGGAAAAUGUGCCGAACAGGUUUUGAGCAUAGGCGGUUCAUUCACUUGUUCGAUCGUUCAUUCAUUCAUCAUUCAAGCGUUAACGCUACAG